GGGAAUGGACCGCAGCGGCGUUGGUGACAUUUAGCACACACGCAUUCCUGCUCUGGACGUCACCACCGGAGGGGCAGUAUCUGUCGUCGUUAAUUCUAUGCUUGAUAUCGGGGCCGCUACUGUUCUAUUUACUCUUAAUGUGUCUUUGGUGACGUUACCUGUUGUAUGUAGUUGACCGCCAAGAAUCCCGCUAUCUCCGUCUGUCCUCCGCAUAAACUCCGUAGAGUACACAUCCCCAAACAACCACGAUUGACAACCACAACACAUGCAAUGGAUCCCGACGCCAGUAUCCUCGAAACACCUCCCUCCGUCUUCAACUACGUCCUCUCCUUUCUUCUCGUCGGUGUAGCAUGGGGCUUCACGACACCGUUUAUCCGGCGCGCGGCGGCGGACUUUAAUGCGCGACAGGAGGCGCAACGGGAUACACAACCGGAACCACAACAGGAGAAGGAGGUGCCAUUGAAGAGUCGCAAGGAAGACAAUAAAGAAAAGGAUGAUAGCGAAGUUAAGCACGAGGAGAAUAUUGAGGAUGAGAAUGAGGACGAGGACGAGGACGAGACAGAGAGCAAGGAAGAGGACAACCCCCCACCAUUAAUGAAACAACCAGCAUGGAUGAAUACUACCGCAUCCAAACCAUCCUGGAUCAAACAGAAACUCACCACCCUCCUCUGGACCCUCUUCAAUCUCCUCCGCACACCGGCCUAUUCCAUUCCCCUCGUUGUUAACUUAACCGGGAGUGUUUGGUUCUUUCUCCUUGUUGGGAAGCAUGAACUCUCCCUAACCGUCCCAUUGGCGAAUUCGAGCGCAUUCUUGUUUACGGUGCUCGGUGAAUGGUACGUGGAGCGGAAGAUGAUAGCGAAGGAGACGUGGUUGGGGAUGGGGUUGGUUCUCGGGGGGUUUGCAUUGUGUGUACAGUCGAAGCAGUAAUAUUCAGUAGAAAGGCAGUAAUUAUAAUGGGAAAGACAUCUCAAUUGAGAGAUGAGGGAAAAAAAAUAAAAACAAAAAAUAAUGCAUCAUCCGUGAAUCGAACACGGGCCUCGUCGAUGGCAACGACGAAUUCUACCACUAGACCAAUGAUGCUAGAGCAGAUAACCAUUGAAC